GGAUUCUGAAUCCAUGAAUCAUUCAUAUGUGCUUUGAGAAAAUCUGUGGGUGUUUUUGCCGGCAGUGCUGCGACAACCCCCAAAGUUGAAUGUUUUGUAGAGUAAGACCUAUGGUGAAGCGACUUCCAGUCAUUUGGAAAGGAUGGGAUGAAAAGGAACCUUGGUGAUAAUUUUGAUGUCUGCAAGAUUUAGUACCAGUGUAAUGGGAUUAUCGGUAACACCUUCACUGUAGAAAAAGCCACCUGGUGCUAUAACUGGCAGCAACUGAGAACUAAUCCUUUCCCAUCUCUUGGAUGUCAUUCAUGAAGCUCAAAGUGAUUUCUAUUCUGCUAACUGUGAUUAAUUUUAUAAACAACAAUCAAAAAAUCAGUAACUUCCAUUCUGGGUCUCACAUGGGCAUACAUCUUUCAGUAACUAUAUAAAUUAUUAUGAAAAAUGUAUUUCUAUAAGUAUUCUUGGAUUUGAGAUAUCACAAAGCUCUUAGGAAUGUGCUAAUGGUGGCAGAGUCUAUAUAGAACUAUGCUUCGUGGUGCUCUGGGAAAAACCUUUCGACUUCUUGGCUACACUAUUCAGUAUGGCUGUAUAGCUCAUUGCGCUUUUGAGUACGUUGGUGGAGUUGUAAUGUGUUCUGGACCAUCAAUGGAGCCCACAAUUCAAAAUUCAGAUAUUGUCUUUGCAGAAAAUCUUAGUCGACAUUUUUAUGGUAUCCAAAGAGGUGACAUUGUGAUUGCAAAAAGCCCAAAUGAUCCAAAAUCAAAUAUUUGUAAAAGAGUAAUUGGCUUGGAAGGCGACAAAAUCCUCACCAAUAGUUCAUCAGAUUUCUUUAAAAGUCAUAGUUAUGUGCCCACAGGCCAUGUUUGGCUAGAAGGUGAUAAUCUAAAGAAUUCUACAGAUUCCAGGUACUAUGGACCUAUUCCAUAUGGGUUAAUAAGAGGACGAAUCUUCUUUAAGAUUUGGCCUCUGAGUGAUUUUGGAUUUCUACGUGACAGUCCUAACGGCUACAGAUUUUCUGAUGAUUAGCGAGCAUUUAAAUUUUCUGGUUUUAUUAUUGUUUCCUUUUCAAGUGAAUUUCUUAUUACCACUGAAACCAUGUAUUUACAAAUAAAUGAUUUGCUACUGA